AAGCUCCUCACCAGUGCGGGACACUGUCGCUCCCCUCUAGUAUUAGAAUUCGGGGAAUAGACUAUCGCUGUGUUGAGUUUCAGAGCUGAAACGCACAAGAAGCGAGUAACUGAGAAGAGACAAACUAAGAAAUCACAAUGAAUAACAAACAAUUUGUUAAUAAAUUGUCAGAAGUCUUUGAUUUUUUCCUGGGUAUACAGAAACCCAUUGCUGACGACACAUGCCUCCAAAGACUUCUGGAUAUCUUGAAGGAAAAAUUUUCAGAUACAGAAUGUGAAAGAGGAAGUCAGUUUAUUGAACAGGCAACUGAGAAAAUUGAUACUUUGGAGCCAAGCAUUGUGACAUUUACCCUCCAGCUUGCCGGACAAGAAGUGCAGACAGAGGGUUCAGCUGUUUCCAAACAUCUGUACAAGACAAUCAGUAACAAAGGUCUGUGGAAGGAUAUAUCUAUAGGAACAUCCUACUUUGAUAGCUUGAGCCAGGUGGCAAGGACUUCAAAUGGAUGGAAAUGGCUAAUAGAAGAGAAAGAUUAUGUGGACCAAGCCAUCCAGUCUUUACAAGAAGACACAAGUCUGUUUCUACACUCUUCAGCUAGGAAACUGGUCAUUGUGUUAUUAAAAAAACAGAACCACUCACAGAUGGACACAAAAGAAAACAAAUCAGAAAGCCAAGCAGCAGUAUGCAGCCUCUUGUCUCAGGACAUUCACAGAGAGUUACAACAGGCAGCAGAUUCACCAGAUAAACCAUUGACUUUGUACCUUGAGAACCUUCUAUCUGUUCUUGUCUCCAGUGAAGGUCUACUGCAAGAGGUCUGUGAUGAGGAUGUUGUGGACAGUCUGCUGCGUAUCUGUCUUGGAAGGCGAUCAGGAUCAAACUCUCUUAGUGGAGAGGCACUCUUGAAAUGCCUGGGUGUAUAUGAGGAAAGAGGACAUGACAAGCUUGAUGAUUUCAUGGAGAGAUUUUUCGAUCACAGUGGUAAUGGACUAACACAGAGAACUGUGUGCAAGUAUCACAAGCUGGCAGUCAAAAUACACCAAAGUUUUCCAGAGCUGGCUGUGUCUGUUGAGCUGCAGGAGAUAGUGUUGUUGCCGUACAGCAUCAUGUUGGGGGUUUCUUCCCUGUCAGUGGACACCAGCCUGCUUCAAACAUGUAGACAAGCUAUGAUAAACAAGGCACAGUGUAUCCAACUGCUUCUUCACACAACUGACUCUCUAGAUCUGAAGGAUGGACGUCUGCAGGAGAUGAUGGAGAUCUUGGAGCUGACCCACCCGAGAGUGGAUGUGUUGGUGGGACAUCGUCUGUCCAGUGACAUCAUACAGAAUGUUGUAGACAACAGACGUCUGCAGCUCAGUCUACUGGACAAAAUCAACUGCAGUAUUGAAAGCUCUGUUCCUGUUGCCAUGCUUACCAAGGCCCUUGAUGUCACCAUGGAGAUCUCAAGUGGAACAUGCACUCACAAUACAGUACAACAAAAAGGCUUCGACUGUGUAUUUUCUAUACUGGGUGUAUUGGCAUGUGCAGCAUGUGGAAGUGAAUGUCUGACCAGUUACCUCCCCUUGAUUGUGGGCCAGCUGGACAGGCAUCUCGUGAGCACACAGUGGGAGAACAGGGACACUGCUGUUGAAGCCAUUAUCAAACUCACCAACCUACACAAUGUUCCUGUUGCUGGUGAUCUACUGAUGUCCAGCCACAUCUUUGGGUCAGCCUGGCAAUGUGUGUCAGACAGCAACAGCUACGUCCGAGCUCAGCGCAAUCAGACUAGUUGCUGCAGUUGCCAUGGCACCACAGCUUUGGGAUGCCUUCCUGUCUCAGCUCAAACAAACAGAGGCAGACAUUGUUCACAAGUUAUUGGACAUAAUAAAAACGGACAGUGAAGCCUUCCCUCGCAGAGCUGCUGUUUCAAGCUUACAAACCAUUUACUCUAACAGAAGAAUACUGGAACCAGUUGUCAGGGAAAUAUUCUCAGCGAUGGUCCAAGCAAUGGCAGACUUUGACUGGGAAGUGAAGGCAAAUACUCUAGAUUUCUGGCAAAGUGUCUCUGAUCAGAAGAUAAAGUGCCCUUCUUCAAAUGUUCCUGAUUAUGCUGUAGAUCUUUCACCAAGUGGCACAAAGAGAAAGUUUGAUAAUGGCAGCACAUUGAGCGAUGAUCUGAUUGUACUGAGCCGGACAGGUUUUUGUGAAGCCAUCGUAUCAGGCACACAGGACUAUGACAACCAUGUUCGUGAAAAAUCUUACAGAAUACUGAAGAAUCUUAAAGCAAAGAUUGGUGAUGAUGUUAAUGAAAAUCAGCUGAAGAAAUUAAAAGUUGAAAAUGGUGAUACAACCAAUGGCAAACACAGUACAAAUUCAGAAUCAGAAUUAGGCACUGCUAGCCUGACAACAGUUCUUCACCUCCUAAGAGAUGUGGACAUUGAACUUCAGUUGUCCAUAAUUUCAGGCAGUUCUGAUGAGUACAGUAAGAACCCUCUUGCUCUUCUGGAGGACAUUUUGUCUGAAGACAAGGACAUCGAAGAUGACAAAUUUGUUGACUGUUACUAAAGCAAAACUCUACAUAUUGUUGCAAUUUGUAAAAUAACUUUUAUAUAAUUUUAGGAAUAAAUACUUUUGUUAUUUUA